CUGCGUCAAAUAAGGAUGGCUGAAAUGCCACACACGAGUGAGGAUUACACCGUCCGUGCGGCUAUAAGAGAGCAGAACUGUCAUCCCUCUCUCGACCCAUCUCUUCCUCUUCCGAGCUUUAGCCGCAGCAGAAGAGAACUCCCAAUGCAGAAGGCAUUCCCAUCCAUGGAGGUCUCCUUGGAGCUUGGCCUGCCGCAGGGAGCUUCCAAAUGCUUCGACGAUGACGGCCGCCUCAAGAGAACUGGGACUAUGUGGACGGCGAGCGCGCACAUCAUAACAGCGGUGAUCGGCUCCGGCGUGCUAUCCUUGGCGUGGGCGAUAGGCCAGCUCGGGUGGGUCGCCGGCCCUGCCGUCAUGAUUCUGUUCUCGUUCGUCACCUACUACACUUCAGCUCUCCUCGCCGACUGCUACCGUUCCGGCGAUCCCGUCGCCGGCAAGCGCAACUACACCUACAUGGAUGCCGUCCGAGCUAAUCUCAACGGCUUCAAGGUCGAGCUCUGUGGCUAUCUCCAGUACCUCAACAUCGUCGGAGUCGCGAUCGGAUACACCAUCGCCGCCUCCAUUAGCAUGGUGGCGAUCAAAAGGUCGAAUUGCUUCCACGAGAACGGAGACGACAGCCCCUGCCAAGUUAACAGCAACCCUUACAUAAUCAUGUUCGGCGUGGCGGAGAUCGUCUUCUCUCAGAUUCCCGACUUCGACCAGAUAUGGUGGCUGUCUAUCGUCGCGGCCGUCAUGUCUUUCACUUACUCUUCCAUCGGCCUCGCUCUCGGCAUCGUCCAAGUGAUCAAAAAUGGUGGUAUGAGAGGCAGUCUCACCGGAAUUAGCAUCGGCACAGUCAGCCAGAUGGAGAAAGUCUGGCGCAGCCUUCAGGCCUUCGGUGACAUCGCAUUCGCCUACUCCUACUCCAUCAUUCUCAUCGAGAUUCAGGAUACGAUAAGAGCGCCGCCGCCGUCAGAGGCGAAGGUGAUGAAGAAGGCAACCCUCAUCAGCGUGGCUGUGACCACGACCUUCUACAUGCUGUGCGGGUGCAUGGGUUACGCCGCGUUCGGCGACCUGGCCCCCGGCAACCUCCUCACCGGCUUCGGCUUCUACAACCCCUACUGGCUCCUCGACAUCGCCAACGUCGCCAUCGUCAUCCACCUCGUCGGCGCAUACCAGGUCUACUGCCAGCCGCUCUUCGCCUUCGUGGAGAAAUGGGCUCUCAGGACAUGGCCAGAGUCCCAGUUCAUCAGCAAAGACAUCCAGGUCCCCCUGCCGGCGAGCCGUUCCUACAAGUUCAACCUCUUCAGGCUUACCUGGCGCACGGCGUUCGUGGUGGUGACCACCGUCGUGUCGAUGCUGCUGCCCUUCUUCAACGACGUGGUGGGCUUCCUCGGGGCGGUGGGGUUCUGGCCGCUGACGGUGUACUUCCCGGUGGAGAUGUACAUUAUGCAGAAGAAGGUAGCCAAGUGGAGCACGAGGUGGAUGUGCCUGCAGCUACUGAGCUUGGCCUGCCUCAUCAUCACCAUAGCCUCGGCCGCUGGCUCCAUUGCCGGGGUAGUGAGUGACCUCAAGGUCUACCAUCCCUUCAAGGCAAGAUAAGGAGCCAUUAGAGCUUCACAGACAUGUAGGCUGCUGCUUUGCUUUACGGUUCUGCAAUCUUGCAAUGAAAGCUACAAUUCAUCAUGUUGGAGAUGAAA